CCGUGCUGGGAGACCGAGUCUCGGGCAGGCCAAAGGACACCUUUCACCAAAUUUAAAAAAACUGUGGGACGGUGGGGAGUGGAGGCGAGGUUACGGAGAGUGCUAAGCUGCAGUUUGCCGGCUACAGGGUGAAAUUUCAAGGCGCAUUGCGGAGCGGAGUAUCGCAUCGCCUGAAUUUUGUUGACCUCCAGGAGGACCACGAUCUUGGAUGUGGUUUGGAGGCUUGCGUACCUCAAUGACUCUGUUGGCUGGAGUCAGGGUCUUGUGCUUUGACUCUUGGUAGGGUCACCAGUGCCAAACAGGUCAAAGGACAGAGGUCAGGCUCGGAGUGGUUCUACUGGUCCUCCAGCUUCGGAGGUUCUGCUCGGAGCUAAUGACUCUGGUAAAACAAAAUUGUUAUGGAAACAGCAAUGAAGAAUCCUACAUCUGUGUGCGAUGGUGUACCUGGGUCAUGGCUGACAGUGAAAGCUGAGCGAAUGACAAGCUGAAGGAAUCCCCGGACGCUGCCAGAGACGGUGUAACGGGCACCCAACAGGAACGGAUGAAUGGAAUGAUUGGUUCAUCAGUGUUACUGGAUCCUAAAGUCAAAGCUGAUCCCAGCAAGCAGGAAAUAAUUUGGACAUUCUUUGCCAGGCACAGAAGCCCGCUCACGAUUUUGCAUCACAUCCCGGAUUACGGGAAGUGGGCAGAGCCCAGUGAGCAGUUCAGAUCACGUUUACAAUUUAUUCCAUCCAAUGGCUCUCUGAUGAUAAAUGGAUUAAAGGUCGGGGACCAAGGAGAUUACGGCUUCAUGGCAGCUGAUCGUACACUAAAAAUAAUACAGCUGUUCCUCUUCGGUCCUCUCUCAGAAGAUCUGAUUGUCAUCAAUACCAUCUUCAUCGGUUCUGCCAUCCAGCUGACGUGUAAGGUGGAUGGGGAUCCUCUUGAGUAUCAGUGGUGGAAAAAUGGAGUCCAAGUCUGCUGUAAUGCCCAGAUGAGAGAUGGCAACAGGACUCUCCUGAUCCAGAAUGAUGCAUGGCACGAGAGUGCUACGUAUGUGUGUGAGGCACACAAUCCAGUCAGCUCCGUCAGGAAGGAUUACAUCCUGACAAGACCUGAUGCUGGAUUUGGCAGCAGCCUUAUAAUCUUGAACAAACAUUUCACAGUGAUCGGAUGUGGACUAGUCUGGUAUCUGAUGUCCUCUGGAAUGUAGGAGUAACUAAGAAGAUUACCCAGAAUUCUAUCACUUUCCAGGGAAUUUGUUUACAGUGAAGACUUCCCACCCUGUCACUCACUGAUACUUCAAUUACCGGAAGUGUAGGGGAAACUCCAACACAUACCCUCUGUUCCGGACUGGAUUCUGCCAAUUCUGAACUGCUUUAGCCUGGAUUUUAUCAGGUUAUGCCAUGAGCUCUCAAAUACGGAAGUCCAGAACUUUUUAUCUUGUGCCUGCUGCCACAUUCCUUGUGGACUGACUGUAUAGGAGCAGUAUUAGGCCAUUCAGCCCAUUGAGUCUGCUCUGCCAUUCCAUCAUGGCUGAUGUAUUAUCCUCCCUCAACCCCAAUCCCUGCCUUUUCCUGUGCUUUAAGUACACCCAAUGACUUGGCCUCCACAGUUGUCUGAGGCAAUCAGUUCCAUAGAUUCCCCACCCUCUGCCCUGUGGCUAAAGUUACUCCUCAUCUCCUGUUGUAACUGAACGCCCCCCCUAUUCUGAGAUUAUGCCCUCUAGCCUUAGACUCGCCCACUAUAGGAAACCUCCUGUCUUAGUUUCCCAUAAGUCUCACCCAGGAUCGACCCAACCAGUUAACCAGAGAGAUGAUCAGUACGUGGAACAGUACAAAGUCAGAUGGACCAUUCACCCUGCAAUAUUGUGUUGAUUUUGAUGCCAGUUUGUACUAAAUGUUCCCUGUGUAGCAUCUGUAUCCCUCCGUUCUCCAUGUGUUUAUCUCAAAGCUCCCUCAACUCCACCGAACUGCCUGCUUCCACUACUGUUCCUGGUUACCCAUUCCAGGUACCUACCAGCUCCCGUGCAAAACUUGGUUUUUAACUCGAGUGUGAGGAAAAAGAUGCACUGAAAUAGGAUAAAAGAAAACAGCAGAGUAGAUUGUAAUUGUUCAAAGGCUGGGGGUGAGGAACAAGUAGUCAGAAUAUGAGAUUUUAAUUGAUAGUUUUUAUUUUUGCAUAGAAUGUAUAAAAUAAACAGGUGCAGAUACACUAAGUGAAAAGGUAUGUGUUGGUGUUUUUCAGUGUCAGUAAAGUGUGUGUAAGAUGUAAGUAGUAAAUAAAGUGUAAGUAGUAAAUAACAAAUAAAGU